AUGGAUAAACCCGAGUGGCUCCUGGACCGCAACCCAUCGGGGAAAUUACCGGUGCUCGAGAUCGGCCCCGACAGUCAAAUCCUAACCGAGUCGCUCAUAAUUAGCGUUUAUUUAGAUUCGGCCUAUCCUGACAAACAGCGCCUACAACCUGAG